UGAAGGAAGGGCACAUGAGCAGUAGUGGUAGCUGGACAUGGUCGAGCAGCUCAGGUAGCCACAAUGGCAUUUCCAGUGAGAUGAUGGACAAGCUGAUGAAGGAGGGCCACAUGGGCAGCGGUGGUUCUUGGACGUGGUCAAGCAGUUCAGGUAGCCAUGGUGGAGCAGGAGGAGGCGGGUCCUUCAGCUGGUCAAGCAGCUCAGGAAGCUCUGGUGAUAUUUCGCAGGAAAUGAUGGACAAGAUAUCACAGGGAGGCAUGUCGAAGGAUGGAAUCAGAGAGGCCUUGGCGAUGUUGGAGAAGAUGAAGGCGGGCAAUGGCGGUUCAGUGGAAGAGUCGGAAGCGCAGCUGGAAAAGUUGAAGAAGAUCGAGGGCAUGCUAAAGGAUGCUCAAGGCAGUGACACCGAGACCGAGGAUGGCUCAUCGGGAUCUGAAACUUCUUCAGAUAGCUCAACAGGCACAUCUUCUUCAGAUGACGCCUCCAGCUCAUCCUCGGAUGAGUCGGCCAGCUCGUCCUCGGAUGAAUCGGCCAGCUCGUCCUCGGAUGAAUCGGCCAGCUCGUCCUCGGAUGAAUCGGGAAGCUCAGAUGCCUCAACAGUCUCCUCCAUCUCAUCUGAGAGUUCUGCCACAUCAGCUCCUUCCGUAGCUGCCAUGCUGGCCCCCACCCCGGCCGCGGUGCCGGUCGUGGCGCCGGCCGCGGUGCCGGCCGUGGCGCCGGCCGCUGUGCCGGCCCCCACACCAGUCACUGGCGUUGGUGCCCUCGGUGGUAGCUCUUCAGAUAUGAUGAAGAAGUUCAUGAACGGCAUUUCUGGAACGAUGCUCGAUGACCUGAUGGGCUCCGUCGCAAAGAAUGAUGCACAUGGUAUUCCAUACUGCAGCACUGGCCACAAACACCAAUGCCCGAGUGACUGGGUAGGCAGCGACGGUGGAUACCAUUGCAUGCACAAGCUUGUGAGGCAGACUAGCCUGUCUCAGUAUGAAAGCUCUGGCGGUGCUUGCCGGCCCUUUGGACAUGGUCCUUUCCCAUACGUUGAUUGCCAAGAUCAGUGCCGUAUUGGUGGCCAGGCAGACGCUGCUGACAAUGGAGGUGAGAUGACACCUGAGAUGAAACAGAAGUUGAUGAAUAUGAUGAUGCAUAAGAUGAAGCCACCGCCAAACACAGAGGAACAGCAGGAACCAGAAGCAGCGACAGAGGAGACAGAGAAGGAGGAGGAACCAGAGGCAGCUGCAGAGAAGGAGGAGGAACCGGAGGCAGAGAAAGAGGAGGCACCAGAGGCAGAGAAAGAGGAGGAACCAGAGGCAGCUGCAGAGAAGGAGGAGGAACCGGAGGCAGAGAAAGAGGAGGCACCAGAGGCAGAGACAGAGGAAGAACCAGAGGAAGCGGCAGAGAAGGAGGAGGACUCAGAAGCAGCAGCUAUGAAGGAGUUCAUGGACGGCAUGUCGAAAAGUGAACUAGAUGACUUCAUGGCCUCCACAGCAAGCAAUGACGAACACGGUCUUCCGUUCUGCGCCGUUGGCCACAGACACCAAUGCCCCGCUGACUGGGUGAGCAAUGAUGGUGGAUACCAUUGCCUCCAUCAGUUGGGAGAGACCAAGGAGCAAUAUGAAAGCUCUGGCGGUGCUUGCCGACCCUUUGGACAUGGUCCUUUCCCAUCUAUUGAUUGCCAAGAUCAGUGCCGUAUCAGUGGCCAGGCCGAAGCUGCUAACAAUGGAGGCAAGUUGACACCUGUAAUGAAAGAGAAGCUGAAGAUGAUGAUGCAGAAGCAGGCACAGGAACAGGCAGAGGCAGAGAAAGAGGAAGUAGAGAAGGAGGAGAAACCAGAAGCAACCGCAGAGACGGAGGAAGAACCAGAGGCCGAGAAAGAGGAACCAGAGGCAGCUGCAGAGACGACGGAGAAAGAACCAGAGGCCGCUGCAGAGAAGCAGGAGGAACCUGAGGCAGCUGCAGAGACGGAGGAAGAGACGGAGAAAGAACCAGAGGCAGAGAAAGAGGAACCAGAGGCAGCUGCAGAGACGGAGAAAGAACCAGAGGCAGAGAAAGAGCAACCAGAAGCAGCUGCAGAGACGGAGAAAGAACCGGAGGCAGCUGCAGAGAAGGAGGAGGAACCUGAGGCAGCUGCAGAGACGAAGGAAGAACCAGAGGCCGAGAAAGAGGAACCAGCGACAGCCGCAGAGAAGGAGGAGGAACCAGAGGCAGGGAAAGAGGAACCAGCGGCUGAGAAAGAGGAAUCAACGGCAGCCGCAGAGAAGGAGGAACCAGAGGCAGCCGCAGAGGAGAAGCCAGAGGCCGAGGAGACCGGGGAAAUCUUCACAAUUUGGCUGGUUGAUCACUUGAUGCCGGACAAGAGCUGGGAACCACGCAGGCUGACCUUACCGAAGGAGAAGUUGCCUGAAUCGAAGGAAGUCGAACUGAUUAAGGACACCUGGAAGGAUGAAAUUAAGCCAGGUGAACCUGCUGAAAUCCACGUCGUGGAACCCUACGUGGAAAAUUAUCCGGGUGCACCAUCCAUGCAUCUACUGCUGGAACGCAACCCACUCAGGGAGCAUAACCAUCAAGCGGCCGUUUUGCUUGAAAUCAGAACGCCUGGUUCUGAUACCGUGCACUGGAAAGCCCGAUUUGUGGCAAACCCAGCAAGCUUCACAAGCCUCAAUGCUGACAGUCAGAGUAUCAAAGAUGGCUCCAAAAUCACCCUCUUUGGUGACCAAAUCACUGACCAAAGAGCUGAGAAACUUUGGCCUGGCGACCUCCUGGAGGUCAGUGAAAAGCAGGACAAAGAUUUGGCAUUUGCGGGAUGGUCUGCUGAAGCGGAAAACCCAGGUGGCAUCUCAGACGACAUGAAGAAGAAAUUGGUGGCAGAAGCGGCCGAAGUCAAAACCAUCGAGAAGCAGCUUGAGGAGAAGGUAGAACAGGAGGCGGCAAGCAGCGAGGCAGAGACGCCAGAAGAGCCUGCUGAGAAGACAAUAUGAUAACUGGGAAUACGACACGGACGAACAGGAUCGGCACUUGGAUCCCUGUGACCAUCUUCGACCCUUUGACCGUCUCCGAACGUGGAAAUGUGUGUUGCUCUAAAACGAGCAAACACAGCUUCUUCACAGGUUUGGCAGAGCGGUGGCCCAUGAGGUGUGUGUGUGUGCGUGCUUUACUUUCGUGUGGAAGGAACACGGGUUUUCGCAUGUUCUCUCCGUAGUGAAAACACCGCCCCUUUUCACCAGCUGCUCUGUCGCGUGCGCAGCGAAUGGCAAGCGAGGGCACUCGCCGUGUCGCUGUUGCAUCACCCUGAUGUUUUCGUGGAUAAGUCCAGAACUUGCUGGGCUUUAGCUUUGCCAAAGUGCUCUCUGGUCUUGUAGGAAACCAUGCAUAGAAGAUCAUAGAAGUGUGUGGGCACCAAUUUUGGAUGAUUU